GAGGCGCAGCUCCAGGGAAAGACUCAGCUUCUCACCGUAGUGUGUGUGGAGACAAGCAAAGGGCAGGGUGAAAAAAACUUUCCUCUGGAACACAUCAGCCAUUGCAGUUUCUUCCUCUCUGUAAACACGGCUGUGGAUCAUGCACCUGGGAGAAGAAGAGAACACCUCUCUGCCUGAACACAGCUUGUAUUUGUAAUUCUUCAGUACUGAGCGCAGUUUCCGGAUAUCAGCCCACUGUUUUUGGGGAAGAUUUGCUCUGCAUCUGUUGGGAUUUUUCCACUCUUCCUGACGUUUAUCCGUGAUAAUUUCCACGCGUUUAUUAAUCCACCUUCCUUCACCCUGCAGCCACAACUACAGCAAGGAGACACAGUGAUAACAAGGAUGAAAUCUUCGCUUGCAGAGAGAAGUUGAGCUCUGCGCUCGAGUUCAACAGGGCCACUUCCUGAUGAUGACAGUAAACAUGGAUGACGGUCUACAAACUGGACCGGGACAGCACAGGAACUCACAAGAUGACGAGGAGGCGCUUAACUCCAUUAUGAAGGACCUGGCAGCGCUGGGUCGCUGCUACACCCAGCACAACAGCCACAAGCCCAAGAACAGAACCUUACUCUACAAGCAGGAUUUAAGAGUCAAGCUGGAGCAUGAGAGAGAAAAACGAAUCAUCCCGUUCCAGAGGCCGCUGAAGAUCAAGGAGCUGCUGCAGAAAGUGACGGAGGCCUUUGGCCAGCAGAUGGACAUGUUCUUCACGGAAAAGGAGUUGCUCCUGCCCCUGAAGACCCAGGAGGACCUGGAUCAGGCGGUGCUGACAUUGGGCUGCAGCUCGGGGACCAACGGGCUGCUCAGGAUUCUGCUAAAGACCCCUAAGAACAACCAUUACCUACAGGUGAACAGCAGGGACAAACAGAGCGAGAUGAGGUCAUCACGGUCACUGGGAGAUCUGAAGGGCUCCCUGCUCAAGGGCUCGGAGAGGGUGCGCAAACACUCGACAGGUUCCCUGCACACGGGCCGGACGUCCCCACCUCCUGGCAGCGUCCCAGAAGAGCAGCAGCAGAUCGCCCGCCAGGGCUCCUACACCAGCAUCCACAGUGAAGGGGAGUUCAUCCCCGAGACCCAGGACCAGAAUAUGCUGGAUCCCUUCGGAAGCGCAGACAACUCACUGUCGAGCAGCUGUCAAUCAAUAGAUCAAGCACUGGACAGUCCUCCUUUCUCGCAGAACAACCGCGACAAUAAUUACCUGAACCUCAACUAUGAAUACAAAGGUCGCCAUGGGAAAGGAGGGACUUUCCCUCGCCAGUUCCAGUUGCCCAAUCGCAGCAAGGAUUAUGGAGACCGUCGCAGGACACUUCCGCGCAGCUUUAUGCCGCAGGAGAACCUGUUUCAGCUGGUUCCUUCCAGUCGCACACGCAGUUACAAUGGAGACAGCACGCUGCAGUACAGCGACCUGCGCGCACUGGGGCGCACCGCUGACAAAAGCUGCCAGCGCGGUUCAGCCAAGUCGCCACGGGCGCCAGUCAACUGGCGUCAAGGAAAGCUCCUGGGGCGCGGGGCGUUCGGGGAGGUCUACCUCUGUUACGACGUGGACACAGGCCGUGAGCUGGCCGCCAAGCAGGUGCCCUUUGAUACCGACUGUCAAGAAACCAGCAAGGAGGUGAAUGCUCUGGAGUGUGAGAUUCAGCUGCUGAAGAAUCUGCGUCACGAGCGGAUUGUUCAGUACUACGGUUGUCUCCGGGACCUCGAACAGAAGAAACUCACCAUCUUUGUGGAGUUUAUGCCCGGGGGGUCAAUAAAAGACCAGCUGAAAGCCUACGGGGCUCUGACAGAGAAGGUGACGAGGAGAUACACCAGGCAGAUCCUCCAAGGAGUCUCCUACCUGCACAGCAACAUGAUAGUACACAGAGACAUCAAAGGUGCUAACAUCCUGAGAGACUCCUCAGGGAACGUGAAGCUGGGAGACUUUGGAGCCAGCAAACGUAUCCAGACCAUCUGCAUGUCUGGUACAGGAAUCAAGUCUGUCACUGGCACCCCCUACUGGAUGAGCCCUGAAGUCAUCAAUGGGGAGGGCUAUGGCCGGAAAGCUGAUGUAUGGAGUGUUGCCUGCACUGUUGUGGAAAUGUUGACCCAGAAACCUCCGUGGGCCGAGUACGAGGCCAUGGCAGCCAUUUUUAAGAUCGCCACCCAGCCUACGAAGCCCAUUCUUCCCGAUAACGUGUCCGACGCGAGCAGGGACUUCCUGCGGCAGGUGUUUGUGGAGGAAAAAUGGCGGCCCACUGCAGACGUUCUGCUCAGCCACCCGUUCGUGCAGGGCAGUUUCUGAAGCCUGCGGAACCCCAUCCCCUCCCCUACCUGCGAGGCCUACACAGUCCCGGCACCUCCCCUCCUCUCCGGCCCUCCCCCCCCCCCCGCCCAGUCACCAGGCUCUAGGGCUCAGCAUCACUCCAACUACCUGCCCAGUAAUCUAUCACCAGUGUCUGCCUUGCCAGGACCCCUGCAUCUCUCACCAACUAGCUCAACCCGGAUUACUCACCAAGAGGCCAGAUUGACUGCCGUCAGACCUCCAGAGUCCGCCGAGGCGUCGCAGUGUGUCGUGUCCCCAAGAGGGGGCUGACGAGAAAAAGCACUUAGCAGUCUCACAAGCUACAGACUGCUGUCCUUUAACAAGAGCAGGAACAGUGACCCGAGUUAGAGAGCAGGUGACGCCUCAAGCUCUCUGGGUCUUCACACUCAUUUACUGCCGCAGAACAGUGUCUCGGUUUGGUCAGACGCUAUGCAGUGGUGGCUGACAUCGAUGUUGACCACAUCUGAUAGUACUGUAGGUUACUCCUCAGCCUAAGUUAGCUGUGUGGGAAAUGAAGAUGGUAAAAAUAUUUUUAUAUGACUUACAAUAGCGCAUACGUCAUCUUAGCCGAUGAGAUUUCUAUCGUCACCGUAAAAAUGUAAAUGUAUUCUUUCAACGCCUUACAAUAAGAAUUUGUAAGUAAGAAUGUCUUCUUCUUUUUGUUGUUGUUGUUGCAUCUUAGAGGGUUGCAUUGCCCUUCUCUCAUGGCGCCCAGAACCCCAUUCAGAAGGAUUGUCAACAUUGCACUUUUGAUAUCAUGCAUUGAAACAUUUCCAACGUGCAGGAUAAUCAACUGAGGAGAUAUUUUUCUAUUUGAAGCAUUUUUUUUAUAUCAUUUCAUAAGGAGAAUUGUGCAGUGUGAAAAACAAACAAACAAAAAGAACCAAACUUUUGCAUCAGUGUGAAAUGUCUAUUAAGCAAUACCAACAGUACUGUUGGAGUCUGUGACUUUCAUUCCAGCUUCCCAUGCAGUGAGCCUUGAGUCCAUCGAAGUAGCCAAAGAAAGGUUUCCCAAACUUUAGGCUAAGUUAAUGUGCAUUAUUACUCAUGUUGGAUUGUUUUGUCACCUCAGAGCCCUAUAGCCUUCUCUAUGUUACGGCAGCUUCGUGCACAGUAGACUGCACAGACCAAAUCAGAUGCAUCGACGUCACAUUGUGUUAGUACGAAAAGUUAUGAAAUUAGAUUGAAGUAAGCGUCUCAUUUACGUUUCUUGUUGUAUGAAUCCAGUCACCCCCAUGCCUUUACUUUGAUUUCCACACUAUAUGAAAGGGUCACUCGAUGACCACGUGACUGCACACCUCACUCUGUGCGAUGUCAUGUGAGAUAAUAUCGCCAAAAAAAAGUGUCAUGUUGGAAAUACGGAGCUAAAGGCUGCAUUCUUUCAAAUGGAGAUGAGGUGGAGUGGCUAGCUGUAAUACAGUGGCACUUAAGGAAUGAUCAAAUCUGUGUUGACCCUUGACAGUGCCUUAUCUGAAUCUGCUUGUAAACACAAAUGUUCACUGCCAAAGCGGAACGCUUUUUAAUAAAGGUGAGCAAAUGUUCAGUAGAGAGCACACACAGGAUUUGCUGAAGUUCUUUUAUAUGAAAAAAAAAGAUUAUACUGUAAAUACAUAUUGUUCUGCACUUUUGUAUGAAAUUCCUUUACAUUCUACACAAAUCUAUUUGAUGAAAUAGCUACGUUAUACAGUAGAGUGUACUGUGAUUUAGACAGGAGUAUGUAUGAUUGUCUCUUUGAGAGCUGGCGGUAGGCAGUAUGAAAAGCUGGGAGGCUUUCGAUUGGGACAGAGUUUGUUUUGUCUUAAUGACAAAGCCUUGAAACAUGAAAUGUAUCAAGUCAUUGAUCUUUUGUACAUUUAACUUAAUAAAUCCAAGGUCUAAGACUAUUUCCCUGUG